CCCCCCUAAUAAUCAGCUCCUUUAUCCAGACCAACAAACACACCAUAGGAGCUUUGUGGAUUCAAAGGAUUUGCUUUCCCCUCUCAAAGAGCCGCCAUUCUUUGAUGAUUGGGCAGCGGCAAACUUCAAAGUAAUAAAUCUUAUUUCUGACUGGCUGGCGGCCCACCAAAGUCCUUAUCAAAUUCUAAGAAGUGAUCCCUCACUCUUCAGAUAGACCGAGGAUAUAUCGGAGAGAGGAGGCACUGGAGAGUGAAGACCUGCCCCGACAAGAACCUAUUUUUUCUUCUUUUUUUUUUCUUUUUUUGCUCUGAAGGCCACAUAUUCAUCAAAAUUAGCGCGUUUAUUUAUUAUUAGUUUGCAUCGGGAGGAGGAGGACGCGCACCAUGGCAGCGGUGGCUGUUCUGCGGAAUGAAACACUGCAAGCUUUUCUCCAGGAUCGCACUCCAAACUCCUCUCCAGAGAACUGUAAGCACUCUCCGCUGGCGCUCCUUGCCGCCACAUGUAACCGGAUCGGACAUCACCACGGAUCCAACCACCCAGAUUUCCUCUCAGUCCCCUACGAUCCCACUCUGGGCUCCCCUUCGCGUUUAUUUCACCCAUGGACUAACGAGGGGAGCCCCCAAAGCAGCCUGGUCGGCAACUCUACUUUCGGACUAUCUUCCAAGUCUCAGCUGUCUGCGCACAUCCAGAGCUCCUUUAGCUCCCACCACGAACUGCCCCUCACGCCUCCGGCAGACCCUUCCUACCCCUAUGAUUUCUCCCCGGUUAAGAUGUUACCUUGCUCCAUGCAGUCCCUCCAGUCCACCUGUCCUCCCACCUACGUCCCUGCGGUCAGCUACGCAGCUCCGGCGCCCAUCCCGCCCCAGAUGCCGGGCUUCGUGACGGGACCGUCCGGCCUGGUCCACCAGCAGCAGAAACAGUUAUCCCCUAACCCCGGGGAGGACAUCCCGUGGUGGAGCCUGCAGCAGGGGAACCACGUCAGCCACUCUUCCUCUCUGGGUCCCCACCGCUUCCAGCUGCAGAGAGGCUUGGUGCUGGGGCACACGGACUUUGCGCAAUACCAGACGCAAAUCGCCGCUCUGCUGCACAGCAAAUCCCCCCUUGCGACAGCGCGGAGGUGCAGGCGGUGCAGGUGUCCCAACUGCCAGUCCUCCACCUCCACUGACGAGCCCGGCAAAAAGAAGCAGCACAUCUGCCACAUCCCCGGCUGCGGGAAGGUGUACGGGAAGACGUCGCACCUGAAGGCGCACCUGCGCUGGCACACCGGGGAGCGGCCGUUCGUCUGCAACUGGCUCUUCUGCGGCAAGAGGUUCACCAGGUCGGACGAGCUGCAGAGACACCUGAGGACUCACACGGGGGAGAAGCGCUUCGUGUGCCCGGACUGCUGCAAGAGGUUCAUGAGGAGCGACCAUCUAGCCAAACACGUGAAAACGCACCAGAAUAAGAGGAGCAAGUGCCACGAGAAGACACUUGACCAUGUCAAGAGAGAGGACACCAGGAAUAUGUUGUAACACGGCUCACUGCGCCCCAUUUCGUACCCAAAUGUUGCCAUUUCGUACCUACAUACUGUGGUACUGCUUAUCAGCCUGUAGGUUUUGUCAUGUUACAAAGAUAAUAAAUUAUAAAAAUGGUCAAAUUUGACUUUUAAUUUAAUUAAUCUGCCAAUCAUUUUCUGAAGAAACUCUAUUUCCAUUGAGUGUUGUGCUGAUCCAUUUUUAGACCAAUCUGCUCUUAUGAAGACUAACCUUGUGUGAGCCCUGAUCCAACCUCCUCCUUAAAAAUGAUAUAUACGAGUCAUAAAAUUACCUUCCAGUAGACCACGAGUAGAAAAAGGACAAUUACCUGAAUUCAUCAGCUGUCAGUUGCAGGUACGAAAUGACAAAAAGUACGAAAUGGCAAGGGAGCAAACUGACCAGCUCUCUUUAAGGUUCAACACACCUGCUAGUUAUUUCCAGCUGUAGACAUUUAAUACCAUUAGUGCAAUACAGUCAGUCAUUAGUUAAAGUGCACAUUAAGCUGCAUUUUUUUUUUACAGAAUAUUCAAAUUAUUUGAGUUGAUUUCUUACAUCUUGGCCGUAGUUUUUAACUCUGCUGGUCUGUGUGGCACAUUUCUCUCUGUGUGUAUAAAGUUUAACAAGUUCAUCUGAGAGGUACAAACAAGUUUGGGUUCUUCGCUGUUUAUAUCACAUCCAAGAAAAGACAAGUUUUAUGACUUGUGUUUUGAUCCAUUGUCUUCGGUGGAAGAUUUCACUCCCCUGUAAAUUCUAUUUAAUAGCUUUUGUUGAAUGAAAGUGUCUGUUUUUUGCUCCAUAUGGGGGUGUUUUAUUUUAUUUUUUAAAGAAGCAUGCUCUUGAAAAGAUCUGCUAUUGUUGCCAUGACCCAAAAUACUGUGUGAGAAUAAAAGUUAUAACAUUUUCCCUCA